AUUUCAUUUAUUUCCCUAAUGCUAUAUCCUUUACAAUGACCGCCCUCUAUUGAAUUCAAGGUGGGGGAUCGAAAAGAGAAAGAGGGGAAAAGAAUGCGUUCUUCCUGUUUCUCUUAGGUCCCGUGGCAGAAAAUUCUGACUUUUUUGUCUUCUGGACCUUCUUCUAUCUCUAUUUCUUUGGUGAGCGGAUUAAGAUGCAAGAGUUUGAGGUCCGCGUUCUGGAUUUUCUUCUUGUUUAUUAGUACGGAAGAUCAUCGUCUUCCAUGGCAAAGCGAGUUUAUCAAGUUUGGAAAGGGAGCAAUAGGUUCAUCUGUGGUGGGAGGUUGAUAUUUGGACCUGAUGCGCGGUCGCUCUUUAUCACUAUUUCACUUAUAGUUAUUCCUCUUGUGAUAUUCUGUGUCUUUGUUGCAAGACAUCUUCUCCACAAAUUUCCUACAUACAAUGCAGGAUAUGCUAUUUUGGUGGUUGCAAUUGCUUUUACUAUCUAUGUACUUGUGCUGCUGAUGCUCACUUCAGCUCAAGAUCCUGGUAUCAUUCCCCGGGCUUCCCAUCCUCCAGAGGAAGAAAUCUCCCAUGAUUCAAGUAUUCUGGAUUCGACACCCAGCAACCAAAUUCCUCGUUUUAAAGAAGUGAUGGUUAAUGGCAUGCCUGUGAAAGUCAAGUACUGUGAUACUUGCAUGCUGUAUCGGCCGCCUCGGUGUUCGCAUUGCUCAAUCUGUAAUAAUUGUGUGGAACGCUUUGAUCAUCACUGUCCUUGGGUUGGGCAGUGCAUUGGAUUGAGAAACUACCGCUACUUUUUCUUCUUCGUCUUCUCAGCGGCUCUUCUUUGUAUCUAUGUGUUUGCCAUGUGUGCGUUGUACAUUAAGUUUCUCAUGGGUGGGGAUUACCCCACGGUAUGGAAGGCAAUGAAACAAUCCCCUGCUUCUGUGAUUCUCAUGAUAUACUGCUUUAUCUCUUUGUGGUUUGUUGGUGGACUUACUGGUUUUCAUUUUUAUCUCAUCAGUACUGGUCAGACCACAUAUGAGAAUUUCAGAUAUAGAGCUGACAUCAGGCUUAACGUAUAUGACCGAGGUUGUCUUAACAAUUUCCUGGAGGUAUUCUGCACCAAGAUCAAGCCCUCAAGGAAUGACUUCCGUGCCAUUGUUCCAGAUGAGCCCCCUCAACCUCCACCCACAAUUCGCCCGCAGGACCUGGAAGAUGAUUCCGGAAGCUACCCUCGCUCGAAAGUACAAGAUGACCUUAGUAUCAGUGCAGAUCUAUCAAUGAUCUCCCAGCGGCACAACAUCGACGAGUUCGACGAGGAGAUUGGUGGGAAGAGCCCCGCAAGCAUUCCGAGCAUCGCACCGGAGUCGAAACUCGCCUUAGUUUUGGAUACACAGCUUCCUCUCAUGACAGCAGAUGAUGAUGAGAAGCUAGUCAUGAAUUUGAAUCAGAGUAGGAGAAUUGAUAGCUUCGGGAUCUUGCAUGAAAGGAGCUCUUCUCAAGAUGGAAGUUUGAAGGAUGAAAAAGGGGAGGUUUGUUGAUGCAAGAAAGGAGUAGAGAUGGAGAAGUUUAACGGCAUACCUGUAAUUACCUCAGGUGUAGAGCAAGGAUGGAUUCCACUGCCAUUAUUAGCUUGGUUAUACAGUUAUGUUGUGAUAGUGGUUUUGUUCUUUCUGUAUAGUAUAGAGAACAUGGAUUUCUUGGACUUUCUGUGUAAUUUCUUCCUUUUUUUCUCUUCAAUUUAUCUUAUUUGUAGCAUUCUUCACUUGCCAAACAAUUUGCAAAGCAAUUGCUGAAUCUUUCAAUUUAAUUUUUUUUUUACA